GAGCGUCAGAAUUAGCGUUGCAUUUGAGAGCUAUGAACGCACCUCUUGAGGCACAGCACCGUAGCACCAGAUUGUGAAAUAUUUCGUCUCUCGUAUGUUUUUAUUUUUUAGAAGUUACUAUUAGCGGACAGUCUUGAAAAUGUCCGCUGUUUCACCACCGUUAAACGAAAAUCAUGUCAUUCAUCGUCGAGAUUUAUUGAAUCUACCGACAGAAAACAUAAGAAGAUGGCAUAUGGGAGAACCCGUACAUGGGGCUACUCCGUACACUUCAGAUCGGGACCACAGGAGACAGACAGCUCCACAGGGCUUCACACGCGCCCAGUGGCCAGAGAUGGAUGACCCCACGACCAGGCAGCCCGAGCUGGACGACUGCGAGAGGAUGGGGACUCUGUUUGGGAUGAUCAACAAAUGUCUACGAGGCGUGGGCUUCAGUCAGAUGUACUUUGGGGACAAAAUAGUAGAGCCGGUCGUCAUUAUGGUCUUUUGGAUACUGCUGUGGUUUCUGGGAUUUCAAGCACUCGGACUUGUGGGAACUCUAUGCUUAAUUAUCAUCUACAUCCAGGACUAGAAAGAUCAGAGAUGCCUAAAGUUUGGAAGAAUGUCUGACACUGAAAGACAAUCUGAAUGGAAGUGGCUCAAGAAUUUUUAAUACUUGUUGUCAAUAUGGUUGCUAUGGGAGAUGAUUGUAACUAGGGCUAUUGAUAAAUAUCGUCAUGGUGAUAUCAGAUGACUUACCGUAAUAUCCAUAUCAAGAAACUGAAAAUAUUACAUCAUAAUCUUUAAAUUUGGUGUUUUAAAAUGUUCAGAAUCAACUUUUAAACAUGAUUUUCAGAAAGCCUUUAUAUUUGUUCCUGUUUUGCUCAUAGGUUUUUAAAAAUACAUCUUUUUGUUUUUCAGUUAUACAAACUGUGUCAAAAUUGAUCUGAACAUAAUGCAAUAUAUUCAAAAUAUCUAUCCAAUAACACUUUUAGAGACCCAAAAUUACUGAAUAACAGAAUUGUCACACAUUUUAUUUUCACUUGUUGGUUUCACUGUCAAACCAGGCAUCUUAUAUUUCCGUCAUACUUUAAGAAUGGGAAGUGGUGUGUUUUUAUGUUAACUCCACCAAACUGAAAGGGUAAAGAGAAGAGGCCUUUUUAACUGAAUUAUUUUAAAAACCAAAAACACCUUUUCAGCACUGUUUCUAAAGCGCACAACAUUUUGGUUUGAUCUUAGCUUUAAACUCUGCAUGAAUGUCUUUAACUAUAGUUUAAAACAUGCCUUUAACUAUGGUUUAAAACAUUUUAAUUGAAAAAAAUAUAAUUGUUAGAUAAAUUUCUGCAAACUAUAAAUGCAUGUACAAUAUUAUCCCUUUUCAAGAGCCAAUGCUUUGAACUUUAGAGUCUAUUUAAUGUGGUUUUUAAUUGUCUAAAAUAUGGCCCUUUGUUUGCGAGCCCAGAGAGGAAGUGUUCAUUCAUGUAGUUUUCCAGAUGCACAGGAAGAAAUGUGUUGCUAAGUACACAUGUACUAUUUUAAUCUUUCAAAUUCUCUCAUCUUCUCAGUAAGACCUCACUGAAUCAGUUGCAUGCUAAUUUGAUCUGUUUUCAUGUCAGAUGCCCUUCUGAUCAUCUUGCCUAAGAGUAAGCCUGUCUCAAAAGCAAAUUAAAAAAACAAAAAACAUUACAUCAGAAAAUAUUACAAUAAAUGACCAUUUUUACUGCCACUGACACAAAAACCCUAAAGCUAGAUAAUCCCAGUCAACAGUUUUCUUAAUGGACCAUAUCAUACAUACUAGUAAACCACAAUGAAACACUUGAAAAAUGUCCUCAUUAGUGAAAUAUAAGGCACGCCCAAUAGAGUUUUUGCUUUUUAAAUGUCAUAUAUCGUACACUAAAUAAAUAUUGUGAUUAUAGUGACAGGCCUUGUUUCAAUAUAAUUUAAGCAUACUAAAAACACUGUUGAUAUGAAUAGGCAGGAAAUCUUGCAGGUGCGCAGUAAAAGUAGUUUAACUCUUCCUCCGCUUUAUGCAUGACUUCCUUUUCACUACAGAGAUAUGGGUGUUGCUUUCAUAACUUCAUAACCUUCACUAGAUCGUUUGGAUAAUUUCAGCCCUAGAAUUGCCAAUCUUUACUGAACAAAAGGUAAAAGGUAGCUAAAAGGUUAACUUGGCUUUGGAGAUGUAGACAGAUUAACAAUAAAGGAUUACUCAAAACGUGAGCAAAACAAAACACAACUCCAGUUACGUUUUUGAUGAGGUGACAUCAUUUUAACAUGGCUAAAAGCUCACAAGAGUCAGUUUUGCAUAAUAUACGACCUUUAAGUUAACGUUGAACCUGGAAAUAGCUCUUUGUUUUUAUCCUCUUUAUGUAGCUGUAUGUUUUGCUUGAAUGUGUUACUACUGAAGAAUUGAUGCAGGCAGUGGCCAUCUUGGUAUAACCAGUGUUUUUAUGCUGCAGAACAGAAACUUGAUUGUAUUCAAGGAAUUUCCUCUGACAAAUGUUAAAGAUAUGUCAUUAAUUAAAAGUAAGCCUUAAAAUUCUAA